AUGGCCGACCGAGAUGCCUCUACGUUUACCUCUCCCGCCAACGUUUUCCUCCAACAGGAAGUCUACCGACUGGGAAAUUCUCCCGGGUUGCGACAUCUUCCUCCCGGUCCUGAGCGUGACUUCAUAGUUCUCACCUGGGGACCUGUCAUUUAUCGAACGUCCUACGUUCCGGAAAGCAAACAUCUUCUCCCCGUCUUCCUGCGGCUCCUUAAUGAUGCCGUCAGUCGGUCAAUACAUCGAAUAUUGAUUGGCUCUGCCGAGCAAGUCAGACUUCUCGAAAAGACAUAUGCCUCGAAGGUAUUCAGCGUACAAGAUAUGUACGACAGUCUGGACGAAGAUAGGGUUCGCGAUGCAUUUCACGAUUACAAAGUCUCUCUAGCCAUGCCUGUCACGGAAUUACCGAGUAGACUACGCGCAUGCUUGAUGGUAGAUGAUGAGGUUUUAUCACAUAUGAGGGCUAUUCUGGACAUUCCGACCAUGGCUGGACAAGACACAGAUGUCGGGCGGUGCUGGGUAAAAGUUAUCGAAGACAACUUCCCGGAUGCAAGAUUCGGCGAUAAGCCGUACAUUGCCAGUAUAGACGGGAAUAAAAAGGUUGAUGGGACUAAAGAACACCAGGGAAAAUAUCGCGGCUGGACCAUGGUAUCAUUGUCUGCGUUGUUGGAAGUAUUUGAUGGGCUGCGACAGAUGAAGUACCUGGUGGAAUAUCAUCGUGAGGGGCGAAUUUACUUAGGGGAAGGCAAAUGGAGUGCUAUAAAGUAA